AUGGAUCCCAACAACAACAAGAUCCUUCAUCCUGCUGUCAUAGCACAGCUUUAUGGGGAGCAGAAGCCCGUCUUGGAGUGGAUAAAAGAUUCACACCAGCAUGGAAUUGGCGACCCUGAUGGCAUCCCCCAGAUCGUUGCUGUUGGAACCCAUUCCUCUGGAAAAAGAUCCGUACUCGAAGCUAUCUUGGGCGUGGAAUUGCCAAGAUUAGACGAUAAAUACAGACCUUUUGCGAUGGAAAUCGUGUUCCGUACAAGUACUCAAGCCAACUCGCAGGUACAAAUUCAGUCUUGCAAUGCUGAAAAGCCAAACCCCGAAUACUCUAGUCCAUUCGACGCGUCAUUGCUGGACAAGGAUACCUUCGUCCGUAUCGCUCAUUGUGUCAGACAGAGCCUGUCGAAAGCCGAAUUUGUCGGGCUGUCUUAUGUAUUAAGGAUCAAGAUCACAGGCCCGGACGUACCGAAUCUCAAGGUUGUGGACUUUCCUAUAGGUGGUUAUAAUCAACGGAGACGGGAAAAUAUCAAGGAUGGAAUGGUUUACCAUGUAACCGAAAGCUAUAUGGCCAACCCAAAUAGCAUCUUCUUGGCCGUCAUCCCGGCCGAUAAACUAUCUGAGGAGCAGAAAAAGCUCGACCGUCACCUCUUAAGACGUGAUGUAUUCUUCAGCAAGAGAGUGUAUGUGAUUACCAAGCCAGAUGUUCAUAUGCUCGACUCAUCGGCAAACGAGUCUAACGUUGGGGUCUGGAAAAAUCGCCUGAAAGGACAAGGGCGAUGGCACAUUCUUCAUUGCCCAGUACUGGGCAUGCUAGCUUGGAACGGCGGCAGCAACCUCAGAGAUGCUUCCGAGGAUAAUUACUUCAAGAAUAGCCAUUGGGCAGAGGUUCCUACCCCCAACCGAGGCGCAGAGUCGCUUCGCAAGAAGCUCAGUAUCCUCAUCGUCGCAUUUAUGAAACGAGAUAUUGAGAAGCUAGUUGGUGACAUCGGCAGAACCAGCCGAGAUAUUGAUGAGCAGUUGAGACGCUUCAAAGAGCCCAUCUCGACGCCAGAAGAUAUGCGAAAGUAUCUCGGACGUAUUUCCCAGAAGUAUAAUGCUAUAUCUCUACAUGCACUCGAGGCAAAUUACUCCGAGGAUAGCUUCUUUGAUGGCCUGCCCUUUGACGAGAUGAUUUUCCGAAAAGAUAAGGUUCGAAAGCUUAGAACGAUGUUGAACACCCUGGCCGACGUGUUUGCCAACGCAUUGAUAUCGAAAGGUUCGAGCCGAAUCAUCGUCCCUGAGAGCCAGGGGAUCACUUGUCGACAGGAACGGAUUGCUGGCGCAUCGAGGAAAUUGCUGCCUUUCGUGGACCAAUUUUACUACCUGUGCCAGAUCCGUAACCCUCCAGAAGUUAAGUUAGAAAAGUUUUUGCGUGAAGCCAAACCAGAAUGGCUGGCCAACGCACCGGGUGGUAUAUCCAUACCACAACUUUUCCAGGACGAUUGCCAGCGCUGGGAAGGCAUCGCGAAUGAUUAUAUUACGUAUGUUUUCCAAAAGACCCGAGAAUUCGUCGAAUAUCUAAUAGGCCAUAUUCUCACCCAUGAUACAACGACACGAUCUGCGAUCCUCACCCAGAUCAUAUACCCAUUCCUAGACGAGAAGCUUGCGGAAUCGCUUCGCGAGACGCGGAAAUUAAGUCUUUGUUAUAGAAAUGGGCGGACACCGCCCCAAGAGAUUGGUUUCCCGGCCAAUAAUAUCAGGGGAUUAAAGCGAAGGGACCAGCUCAUCGCAGAAGCGACAAUGGACGAGGCUUCAACGAGUGAACAGAACAUGAUAGCUUCGUUAGAAAGAUAUAACACCUAUUACGAGACAUCACUCCAAAACUUCGCAUGCAUAAUCGUCGGCCAAGUUGCGCAGUCAUGCUGGAGAUACCUCCCGGCCGUAUUAUUCCGUAAGGUCGAAGCGAUGACAGAUGAGGACAUUGAGAGGUUGGUAGCAAAGCCGGCGGAAUUGAAACUUAUUCACAAGCAACUCCGUGAGGAUCGCAUCGCCCUAAUAGAUGGGAUCAAUGCCUGGAACAGGUUGAAGGAGAGACCCUUCCCCGACCCAUUGACUGUUCUCGGGGCCCCAAAUCCCUUGAUAUACGCAACUCCUCGUAGUGUACCAAUCGGACCGCCCCAUCCUCCAUUUACUCACGGCGCAACAGGCGCUCCAUUCGCAAUGCCACCGGUGUAUAACGGACAAGGCCUAGGACCAGUAGCCGUAAACAACCCGCAUGCACGAUACCCUUACCCAAACAUGAGUACCCCCAAUGCCGUCCGACCUUAUCAGGCCAUUCCUGGUCAACCGUCGACUGGAGCCCCUAUUACUGGAACUCCUCAGUUGCAGAACCGUAUGGCUCCCCAACCACAAGGCGGGCAACAACAGCAGUCGAUUAGAGCCCCCGCUGCCAAACCUCCUCAGUUCCCGAACCAUAUAGCUCCCCAACAACAAGGCAGGCCCCAAGCACAAAUGGCUCCUGCUCAGUCUGAUAUGAGAUUUAUUCUCCGGGCCGUAAGAUCUAGCAUUGGCCUAACAGAACACCAGAUACGAUAUAUCAUGUCUGUUGCUCAGGCAAUGCCCCGAACUAGCGAGACGACUGGACAGCAAUUCAUGGCUAGACCCAACCAACCUGUUCCAGCUCAGCAGUGGGCCGGCGGACCUACGAGUGGUAUUCCCCAGGCCUCGCCCGUCCAGGCCUCACCCGUCCAGGCCUCACCCGUACAGGCCUCAACCGUACAGGCUGUCCCUGCCCAGCAGCCGAUUCGCGCACCUACGCCUGGUACUGCUCGGUACCCACCCUCCCCGGCUGCCCCUGCGCAACAGCCAAUUGGCGCACCCAUGACUGGUACCCCGCGGUACUCACCCUCCCAGGCAGCGCCCGUCCAACAGUGGAACGGCCCGCCUACGACGAAUGCCCCUCAGGGCUUACGCCCUAUUGCUUCCCAACCGUAUGGAAGCCAACAAGUGUCAUCAGGCACCACCCAGUCGACCCAGGUACUGAUUGCAGCGGCACCUAUUGGAAGACCUUUGCAGCAGCUAAGUCCUACGCUUAACGAGACUACACGCCGCGUACAAGAGCUAUCCGUUUCGCGUCAGCAGUCGCCACCAGCUAUCCUGGCCGUAAGCAAUGGUCCGCCAUCGGGCGGAGGUCCUGCUCCUUCGGUCGAGCCUCCAUCUCGCAAACGAGAACGGAGCGAGGAGCCGGAGACGGCGCAGGGCCAACCGGCGAAGAAACGCGUGGAUAUUCGCGACUGA